AUGGUAAUGCAGUUUCAGGGGUUAGAAUAUCCAAUUCAAAGUAGUCCUCGCCAUAGCCACACAUCAUCAGGAUUUGUCAUGGAAAUGAUGAGCAUGAAGCCUGAUAAAGGUGUACUAACAGAACAAGCAGCAGGUCCUUUGGGACAGAAUCUAGAAGUGGAACCAUACUCACAAUACAACAAUGUUCCAUUUCCCCAAGUUCAACCACAGAUUUCCUCAUCGUCCUAUUAUUCCAACCUGGGUUUCUACCCCCAGCAGCCUGAAGAGUGGUAUUCUCCUGGAAUAUAUGAACUCAGGCGAAUGCCAGCUGAGACUCUUUACCAGGGAGAGAUUGAGGUAGCAGAGAUUCCUGUAACAAAAAAGGCUCGAAUGGGUACAACAACGGGGAGAAUAAAAGGGGAUGAAUUAUGUGUUGUUUGUGGAGACAGAGCAUCUGGAUACCAUUAUAAUGCGCUGACCUGUGAGGGGUGCAAAGGUUUCUUCAGGAGAAGCAUUACCAAAAAUGCCGUGUACAAGUGUAAAAAUGGGGGCAACUGUGUGAUGGACAUGUACAUGCGAAGAAAGUGCCAAGAGUGUCGCCUAAGGAAAUGCAAAGAGAUGGGAAUGUUGGCUGAAUGUAUGUAUACAGGCUUGUUAACUGAAAUUCAGUGUAAAUCUAAACGACUAAGAAAAAAUGUGAAGCAGCAUGCAGAUCAGACCAUUAAUGAAGACAGUGAAGGUCGAGAUUUGCGACAAGUGACCUCGACGACUAAGUCAUGCAGGGAGAAAACUGAACUCACCCCAGAUCAACAGAAUCUUCUUCAUUAUAUUAUGGAUUCGUAUAGCAAACAGAGGAUGCCUCAGGAAAUAACAAAUAAAAUUUUAAAAGAAGAAUUCAGUGCAGAAGAAAAUUUUCUCAUUUUAACUGAAAUGGCUACCAGUCAUGUACAGAUUCUUGUAGAAUUCACAAAAAAACUUCCAGGAUUUCAGACUUUGGACCAUGAAGAUCAAAUUGCUUUGCUGAAAGGGUCUGCAGUAGAAGCUAUGUUCCUCCGUUCAGCUGAGAUUUUCAAUAAGAAGCUUCCAGCUGGACAUGCUGACCUAUUGGAAGAAAGAAUUCGGAGGAGUGGUAUCUCUGAUGAGUAUAUAACACCUAUGUUUAGUUUUUAUAAAAGUGUUGCAGAAUUGAAAAUGACUCAAGAAGAGUAUGCUCUGCUUACAGCAAUUGUUAUCCUCUCUCCAGACAGACAAUACAUAAAGGACAGAGAGGCAGUAGAGAAGCUUCAGGAACCACUGCUUGAUGUGCUACAAAAGCUGUGCAAGAUUUAUCAGCCUGAAAAUCCUCAACACUUUGCCUGUCUCCUGGGUCGACUGACUGAGUUGCGGACAUUCAAUCAUCACCAUGCCGAGAUGCUGAUGUCUUGGAGAGUAAAUGACCACAAAUUUACCCCACUUCUCUGUGAAAUCUGGGAUGUGCAGUGAUGAGCAUUGCAGGAGCAACAGCAUCUAGUGAUUUAUUUUCCUUAUAAUAUAAAUCUGAUGUAUAACUUUCUUUUAUUUCAUUUGUACCUGGUUUCACACAAGAAUUUUGAUGAAUAUUUAUGCAGUAAUUAUGUAACUUCUACCAUUGUAAAUAUGAAGCUAGAUAGGAUUACUUUCUUUACAUUGUAUUUUACAUGGAUUCAGGGAUUCUUUCACUCUAAGUGGCAUGCCCUGUUUGCCUAAUCAAACUGAUCAUUCUUCACUUCUAUCUUUUGAAAUAGGGAAAAUUUCAUUUUGCUCUUUAUCUUACCUUGUUGCAUAUAUUUUAUAAAAGAGUUGUGUUCAAUUUUGGCAAUAAACUCAGCAUAAUGGCAACAGGCUUUUCUUCCAGAACAAAAUUUGAAAAAUAUACAAACUCAUUUCUUUAAAUGGUCAAUGACAUCAUAUUGGGCCCGGGGGUGGGGUGAUGGAUAAACUCUCACAGCACAAAUGGUGCUCUUCUAAUCCCUGAAGAAGCCCUGGUGAAUACUCAUUUAUUUGUAAUAGCCCUCAGAUUAUUUCAUUUGAAGUUCAAAGAGAUAGCACACAGAAAAGUUAAUGAUUCUCGAGUGAAGUAUUCCCUCAAGCAAACCCUUUCCACAAUUAGGGUCUUGAAGCAGUAUUUACAAAUCCAGAGUAUGCAGAUAACUCCAGUGUUGGAAUAUUCCCUUUUCUCUCUUAAAAGUACUCACUAUUGGCUUCAGUGCAUAUAAUCAAUCUUUUUUUUUUUUUUUUGGUUUGUUUUGUUUUGCUUUUGGAAAACACUCCUACAGCUGGGUGCACAGCUGUUGUAUGCUUCCCCCAAAGCAGGAAUUCCUUCAUUUCCUUCAUUCAUUGUUAUACUGUUGCAUUCUUCUCCCCAUUAUCCUUUGGUGAACACAAUAAAACACCUUCUGUAA